AUGACCGUUUGUGAUGAUAUCUGGAAUCUGUUCAACGCAAGGGUAACAUGUAGAAUGCUAGGGUUCGUCGGUGCCCUGGACGCGCCACGAUCAGCCAUGUUUGGUCAGGGUUCUGGUGAUACUAUUGGUGUUAACUGCCUGGGAACAGAAGACAGCCUGCAAGACUGUGUCGAUGUUGCGGUUGAAUCUUACUGUGGGCAUCACAAGGAUGCGAGUGCAGUGUGCUACUCAGGAGUUCGUCUGGUUGGUGGACCUUACGACGCUGAAGGCAGAGUACAGGUACUGUACGACGGCUCGUGGGGAACUAUCUGUGACGACACCUGGGAUCUGAGAGACGCGAGGGUGGUUUGUAGAAUGCUGGGGUUUGAUGGAGCCUUGGACGCACCGGGAUCUGCUCGAUUUGGUGAAGGUUCAGGGGAUAUACUACUAGACGAUGUCGGGUGUGAGGGAACAGAAGAUAACCUUGCAGACUGUGCUCAUUUAGGGAUUCGAGUUCACAACUGUGGACAUGGUGACGAUGCAAGCGCUGUUUGUUAUUCGGGAGAUCCAUUUCAAGUUCGUCUUGUCAAUGGAUCUAACGAUGCUGAAGGCAGAGUAGAGGUCAGGCACGAUGUAUCCUGGGGUACUGUCUGUGACGAUCUAUGGGAUCUGAGAGACGCGAGGGUGGUUUGUAGAAUGCUGGGGUUUGAUGGAGCCCUAGACGCACCGGGAUCUGCUCGGUUUGGUCAAGGUUCAGGGGAUAUCCUUCUAGAUGAUCCAUUUCAAGUUCGUCUUGCCAGUGGGUCUAACGAUGUUGAAGGCAGAGUAGUGGUCAUGUACGAAGGAUCUUGGGGAACUAUCUGUGAUGUUGGCUGGGAUCUGAGAGACGCGAGGGUAGUUUGCAGAAUGCUGGGGUUUGGUGGAGCCUUGGACGCACCAAUAUCUGCAAGGUUCGGUCAGGGAUCUGGUCGUAUUCUUCUAGCUAAUGUCGGGUGUGAGGGAACAGAAGCUAACCUUGCAGACUGUGCUCACCGAGGAAUUGGAGAUUACUGUGAUCAUAGACGCGAUGCCGGCGCCAUUUGUUAUUCAGGAGUCCAUCCCAAACCAUUUCAAGUCCGUUUCGUCGGUGGGUCUAACGAUUCUCAAGGCAGAGUAGAGGUACUGCAUGAUGGAUCCUGGGGAACUAUCUGUGAUGACAGCUGGGAUCUGAGAGACGCAAGUGUGGUUUGCAUAAUGCUGGGGUUUGAUGGAGCCUUGGACGCACCGACAUCUGCUAGGUUUGGUCAAGGCUCUGGUCAUGUUCUGCUAACUUAUGUCAGCUGUGACGGAACAGAAGGCAACCUAGCAGACUGUGCUCAUGCAGGGAUUGAUCGUUACCCAUGUAGUCAUUUAAGGGAUGCAGGAGCCGUUUGUUAUUCGGGAGCAAUUGAGGUUGACCGCACGAAACUGAAUUCCGCAAACAAGCAAGAAUCAUAG